ACAAAACAUUUUAAAAAGGGGAGGGCGUGCAGGUAACAAUUCCCCGGUGUAGAUAGCAAACUCCUCAACGAUUUAUAUUGUUUGCGAAUUGGAACUCCAAAGCAAAAAACCCGCGAACACCUUUGCUCUUGCAGUGUCUACUGCGCAAAACGCGAAACCAAUCGAUCAAAAGGUCAGAAUCAAAAUGCAGAAGAAAUCGCCGUUACCGUUGAAAGACGCCAUGGGGAACAAGAAGAAUGUGCAAUUGUGUAGCAAGGAAUCGCUAGUGAAGCUUCUUAGAUGGCAUUUUGGUUACUCUGAUUUUAGGGGUAUGCAAUUGGAAGCUAUUCAAGCUGUACUCUCAGGAAGGGAUUGUUUUUGCCUUAUGCCAACUGGAGGAGGCAAGUCAAUGUGUUAUCAGAUUCCUGCAUUGGCAAAAGCAGGAAUCGUGCUUGUAGUUUGUCCUUUAAUAGCCUUAAUGGAAAACCAAGUGAUGGCACUAAAGGAGAAAGGAAUCGCUGCAGAGUUUCUCUCCUCAACAAAAACGGCAGUUGCAAAAGAUAAGAUUUACGAGGACCUUGAUUCUGGAAAACCGUCUACAAGGCUGCUUUAUGUGACUCCAGAGUUGAUAGCAACCCCAGGGUUUAUGUCAAAGCUGGCAAAGAUUUAUUCCAGGGGUUUGUUAAGUCUCAUUGCCAUAGACGAGGCACAUUGCAUCUCUAGUUGGGGUCACGAUUUCAGACCUAGCUACCGUAAGCUUUCAACUCUGAGAAAGCACCUGCCAGAUGUACCAAUGUUAGCUCUGACUGCUACUGCUGUUCCUAAGGUUCAGAAGGAUGUAGUGGAAUCCUUACAGAUGCAAAAUGCAUUAAAACUGAAGACUUCUUUUAAUCGGCCUAAUAUAUAUUAUGAAGUUAGAUACAAAGAUCUAUUGAAUGAUGCUUAUGCUGAUUUAUCUGAUACUCUCAAAUCUUUGGGAGAUGUCUGUGGGAUAAUUUACUGCCUUGAACGUUCAAUGUGUGAUGACUUGUCAGCUCAUCUAUCCCAAAGAGGCUUUUCUUGUGCUGCUUAUCAUGCAGGACUGAAUGAUAAAAUGCGAACUUCAGUGCUACAUGAUUGGAUUUCUUCAAACAUAAAAGUUGUUGUUGCCACUGUUGCUUUUGGAAUGGGCAUUGAUAGAAAAGAUGUCAGAAUCGUGUGCCACUUCAAUAUUCCAAAGUCAAUGGAAUCAUUCUAUCAAGAGUCAGGAAGAGCUGGUCGUGAUCAAUUGCCCUCUACAAGUCUGUUGUACUAUGGAGUAGAUGAUCGCAAAAGAAUGGAAUUUAUAUUAAGAAACUCAGGGAGCAAGAAGUCACAAUCCUCAAGUUCAAAAGAAGAAUCAUCCAGAACGUCCCUAACUGCUUUCAAUCAGAUGGUUGAAUAUUGUGAAGGAUCUGGAUGUCGUAGGAAAAUGAUUAUCGAAAGUUUUGGGGAGCAGGUAACAGCAUCACUAUGUGGAAAAACGUGUGACUCAUGUAGACACCCAAACAUAGUUGCCAGAAAUUUGGAGGAUCUCACAGCUGCCUGUGCUCUACGCCAGCAAAGCGGUUCUCGAGUUUUCAUAGCCAGUUCCACUGGUGCAAUUGAUGGAGAACAGUUAUCUGAAUUCUGGAAUCGAGAUGACGAAGCGAGUGGAUCAGAGGAAGAUAUUUCUGACUUAGAUGGGGACGAUAAUGAGGCUGUCAACAAUCUAGGCCGGUCAAAGUUUCAAUCCAGACUGGGAGUAAAUGAAAAGCUUGAUUUGUUACAGCGGGCAGAAGAAAACUACUAUCGUAAAGAGAACACUAAUAGACAGAGCAACAAAGUUGACAAGAAUGCUAUUUCUGAUGAAAUGCGAGGGGCAAGCAGGCAGAGAUUACAAAAUGCUUUAAAACAGGCUCAGCAACGGCUUGACAACUUAAAGAUUGAAAUGGAAACAUCAGCAUCUCUUCUUGAAGAUGAAUGCUACAAGAAAUAUGGCAAGGCUGGGAAAUCAUUCUAUUAUUCACAAGUGGCAAGUACUAUCAGGUGGCUGACAACUACAAGUUCUAUCAAUCUGAUGAACCGACUUUGUGCAAUUAAUCCUUCCACAUCAGUGAAUGUCUUCUCUGAAGCUGAACAUCCCCUCACAUCGCCACCUGCUUCAGAUCCUUGUGCAAAAGAAGAAACUACCAAUGAGCUCUCAGGCAAUGCUAUAACAGAAACUAUCCCAUGUGAUGUGCCAUUGGAAAGUUCUAAUACAAACUUGCCACCAAUACCAUCCUUCUCUGAAUUUGUAAAUAGUAGGAAAGCAAAAAGAAACCAAUCAAGUGAUACCAACAAACACUCAUCAAGAGUAGAGAAGAAGAUGAGGAUACAGUAGAUUGACUCUUGUAUCUACUAUUAAUGUUUGUGAAUUUUAGUUACAAUAUGUAUGAAGUGCCAACAUUGGGUUUUGUAAAAUAAUUUGCAGUGUUUUUCCAUUAGCUUUUUUAAAUAAGCAUAAUCAGUAGAAGUUCUAUAUGAGCGAUCAAAGAACUGUUGAUGCGUUAUAUGGAUUGGUGAGGUUAUUUAUUCUUAUGGAUGUCUCAUUCUUAAAUCAUUAUGGAAGGAGAUAUUAUAAAUA